AGCAUCAGAGCACUUUCUAGACCUUAACUAAAGAAUAAUCAUAACUGAUUCUCUUUCUUUGUGUAUGUGAUUCCAAAUUCACAAACCACUCCAAGAUUUCAAAUUACUAUCAAUUUGAGAUCUGGCUCCACUUGAGGUAGUAAGCUAUCAAGUAACAAAGAUGGGUAUGGUGUAAGGCUGGAUUUUGCUUCUAAAGUAUAGCUGAAAAGUGAAAACUCAUGCUGGAUUCUGCUUUCAAUUCAAAAGUUUCUUGUUCAGGUUCAUAGCCAAAGGAGUGGACUUAAAGACUGGUCACCAUUCUCCAACUACAGUGUGCAUUAGGUAAUUACCAUGGGGUGCAUUUCUUCAAAGGAAAUAAUUGCCAGAUCAAUCAGUUUCCAUGAAGAGAGAAAGCAAAGAUCACAUAGAACUGUAAACGGCAUUCCAUUGCUAGAAGAUUUUAUCAUCUCCGCAAAUGGCAGUGACAAGUACCUAACACUUGUCCGCGCUGCUAACUCAGUCUCCAACAAGCUGAACUCUAGGAGCUAUAGUUCAAACAAGUCCUCAAAACUUGCUAUUGAGUCUGCCAGUUCUGAAACAGUGGAGAAGUUGGAGCUAUCAGCAAAACUAGGCCAAGUAAAAGGGAAACAAUUUGAAAGUGAUAACAGAAACAGGUCCAAAAGUUGGCAUUAUUUUCCUGAGCAUAUUGUGCACUCUCUUGCUCAGGAGAAAUUAUCUGGUUUUGAAGAUAAACAUGACUUGAGCUCCAAGGGUGCUGUAGGUAGCAGGAGUUUCCACACAGUGGAGGAAUAUGAUGGUAUAGUUAAUAAAAUUUGGUUGAACAAGUCCAAUAGAGUUCAGCAACGUGGGUUUAAUGAUGAAGAUGAUUCGGGAGGCAACAUGGACAUUCAGGUACUCGAGUACUCUCAAGUACUCGAAUCUGACAUAUCUGUAAUCAAGGAAAUGCAACCAGAAAGCAAUGAAGUUACUUCAAGUCCUAAAAGCCACAUUCCAAGUUCAGGUAUAAGAAAUGAGGAAGUGAUUGCAAGUCAUAAAACAAGAGUGCUUGCUGCUCAAGGGGUAAGAAGCACCAUUGAGAAGGGAAAUAAGAGAAAGGCUUUAGCAAAGAGGCUAGAAUCACUUAAAAUCCCAUCCAACAUUGAAUCUCCAGCCAUUGCUAGUCUAAGAGAAUGGCUCCCUGCAGAUGGAAUAUAUUCUUUGGGAUCCUAUGUCACCCCAAAAUUUGGCAGCUAUUCUCUAAUGAACACUAGGAUUGCAAAUGAAUCCAGUGAGGACUAUAUAUUUAGCCCAGAGCUGGCAUCUGCCUUUGAGCAGUGCAUGCAAAAUCUUGAUGCAGAGGAAGAAAAGAUUCUGAAACAAAUUUUAGAGAAUGUGGAGGAAGAAAGUGAUGAAACAAUUCAACCCCUAGAAAGAACUCAUGUACUCAACCAGGUAUAAAAGGUUAAAUCCAUACUUGAAGUUGAAGGUUAGUGUUGCUGAUAUAAGUUCUUUAUAUGAAUUCAUAAAAAAAAGGAAUAGAAAAAAGAGAAAUGUUCUAUAAAGUUGAAGAAGCAGCUCAGUUAUCAGUGGCAGAAGACACAAGAGACCCAGUAAGUUGAUUAAUAGUUCAAAACAAUGAUCAAAAGCGAAUAGUUAGGGUGCAACUUUCUGGUGUGUAGAACCAUUUCAUUUAAGCAGUGGAAAGAAUAUUGAUUAAUUAUGAGUUUGUAAUCUACACAUACAAGCUUUCCAGAAUAUAAUAUACUGUAAUACUGAGUUUGUUUACUGCACAA